UUCACAAAGAACUUAUCUGCCGAUCAGAUCAACCUAAGCAUUGUCAAGGGCGAAGCCCAGCUUGAUAGCCUGGAACUCAAUGAGGCUGUACUAAUGGAACUUCUGGGGUUGCCUACUUGGCUGAACCUGCGCAAGGCACAAUGCUCUGGCAUUUCAUUUAAAAUUCGAUGGACUAAGCUGAAUACCCAUCCAGUUUGUGUGGUGAUUGAUCAGAUUGACGUGGAACUGGAGACACUGGAAAAUCCUCGACCUGAAGUAGAUUCCCUGAUUGCCAACAGAAUCGGGUCUGGGAAGUAUCGUCUGGCGGAUCGCGUUGUCGACGGUGCCACUGUUUUGAUUAAUGCCGUGUCAAUUCGCUUCUGUGCUAAGGCAUUUGAGGCAUCAAUUGAGAUAUCACGGUUGUCGCUAGUUAGCAAAACCCCUACAUGGCAAUCUGGACCGCUGAAGCUCACAAGUUUACUCUUCCCUAACGCCGAUGCAGUGCUCAUUUUCAAAGAGCUUUCCUGGGAUUCAGCACGGAUUGUUGCGGAUGGUUUGCUCAACGAACUUAACGGCACACCAGUCAAACUAAUCACUAAUAGUGGUCGAAUUCGAGUGACAUUGAAAAAGCGUCUGAGUGAUUCGGCGCUUAUCAGUUCUCGAAUGCAAAUGUAUCUUGAUGACCUUCUAUGGAUUCUCACCUUGUCUCAAGUUGAGGCAGCUAUCGUCUUUGCCCGAUCGCUCCAGCAUAGCGUUUUCUUGGCUGCUGAACAGAGUAGACAGUUUGCAGCAUCCAGAGCAAAGCGUCAACACCUGAGUUGUAGCAAAGUACCUCAGCCUACGGAGACUGCUUCUACUCGACAUAAUAAAGCAGGAAAGAAGGAUUUGUACUCAGCAGCUGCUCUACUCUUUCACCGCUAUGACGUUGUCGAGACUUCUUACCAUUUGACCUUGUACCGAACGGAGAUGCAUUUCUGCGAUGAAGCUAAAAACGAUACCAACCUCACAGCUACGCCGAACGGAUACAUCAAAGUCCACUUUAAUAGGCUUGAAUUGGAUUGGUAUCCGUACCACUUGAACACCACGCCACGAGUUUCUUGGCACGGAUCCCGUGAGUUCCACGAGGCUCGUAAUGCUUGGCUAAGAAGUCUGAACCCAGUUCACACAAUUCAGCUAUCUCUGAGGGAGUCAACCUCCGUGAACAGUGAUAACUCCUCGCCCGAUGUUCUGUCCGGACGUGAUUUGGUUUAUUCGGAUCCUUCCAUUUUUCAGAGCGUGAUUGUUUUCCGCAUAUGUGAUUUGGAUGUAUCCCUGCUGUCGCUUCCCGAAGUAUCCGUCGAUAUUUCUUCCGGUGAUCGGCAUGGGACAAUGGUACAACAGCAUCACCACCUGGGCGAAGAGGUCCCAGCAAACGCCCGUUUGUUCAUAGGGUCAGACAAAAAGCUACAUUGCUUACCAGAGAGCGUGUACUUUUUGACUGUGGAACUUAACAACAUCUAUCGAUCUUACCCGUCUAAACAACGUCCCUCUGGAGUGGAAGCAGACACCCUCCCAUGCUUCUUUUUCGCGCAACUGAAGCCGUUUUACGUGAGGUUCGAUGCGGAUACUGUCAUAUGGCUCAAUAUGUUCCUGUUGACCCUGCAUUUAAAUUUGUACACGCUUAUGCGUCAGACGUCUUUGUUGUCGCAAGAUACUGGACUCAUUGAACCGAAGUCCUACCACCUCCGCUGUGAAGCACUGAUGCCUAGGUUACUUCUGCCAUUGUGUUCGGCAAAGCCGAGCAGUUCGGUUGGUUUGCCGGGGCCGGAUAUGUUGGUUCUACAGGCUGACCAACUCUUUAUCCAACUUCUCGUCCCUCCUGUCACCACAUAUACCGCCUCAGUAUUACGCGGUCUGCUAGCUGAACAGCCAUCGUCCUCGUCCUUCCCAAACACCACGGAGCCCGGUGGUGGUCCGUGCCAUGUCCCGUUGGAUGUGAACAAAUUUGCUUAUUUAAUCUGCUCAGCUCGUUCGAAUCAGGUUCACCCUUCAAGGCCGGAUUCUCCUCACUUCUGGUGUUUGCACUGUCCGCACGUUUGGGCUGAAUUUCUGACUGUCGUCGAAAUUUUCGAUGCGUCUUCCAGCCAACACUCUCCGCGCAGUCGAACCCGGUGUACAGUCUAUCGACAAUCAUUCCUUGAAUCAAUCCCACUUAGUCUGUGGGUUGUUCAGAGUGCUCCUCAGCCAUGUCGGCCUCCGUUGAACGUUCUCGUUGACGUAGACUGCUCUUUGAACCCACUGGAAUCAUCCAACCCUCGGAUACCAACGGAUACUCGGCCCAGCAACCCAGACGAUUGCAUUCUAAUCUCCUUAGGUAUGGUGCCCUCUGUGGGUCUGGGGCAUCACUGGAUCCCCGUGUCGUACAGUCGUCUACCUGAUGCAUUGGAUCAGUUGCUCCUCCUCAGUCAGCUGUUGAAUCAGCUGAUGGAAGUCAAAGACCAAGUUAAUGUGGACAUCAUACGCAUUUACCUGGCUGAAAUGAACUCAAAUCACAUGGAUCCAACGAGCAUCAAUUGGCUUUUCACUCUCUCAUUUCGACUACGUCGACCCAUUCAAGUUCAAAUCACGGGACUGGAAAACAACAGCUCCACGGACGAAUCUCCAUCGAAUUGUGACUUUCACCUCUCCAGUUCGCACCUUCCUGUUGAUAUGCGCGACACUUCGCUCACAUCAGCAUCCGAUCAUUCGCCAGAAGAGGGUCCAAAUGCAACCACUACGGCUUCUCCCAGAGUUUCAAUACGACACUUCCCACACCUGAACCCUUAUGCGAGUUGCCCUGCUGCAAUGAGCGACCGGUGUAAAGACAUGCAAUUCAGUGAUCCCGCCAAGAAGGACCGACAAAGUCCGAGAUUGUGUUUGAAAAACGAAAAGGCGCAUUUGAGCAGUUCUCUCAGUUCCGGAUCCGAUUCAGGUUUGUUCAAGUUAACCAAAGAUUCAGAGACAGGCAGUAUCACUGGAUCUCAGGACAGCUGGCUUAAUACAUAUGAGAUCUUGCUCGCGUCGGAUGAUACAAACUCGGUUAAUCUCGACUCCUUGUCAAUUAUGAGCCAGGACGAACGAAGCGCCGCUGGGAAUCGUAUCUCGACCACCAAUUCAGCUGAAGAAAUAGGGCUGGAACUUUCGGAAGACGAUCCAUCUAUAUACACUUGUUCCUAUUUACGGCGAGAAGAAGCUGUGCUUCGCCAGAAAACCCCAACCAAGGCCUGGACGCGAAAACCUGGUAGAUCCCAGUCAAUAGUGGCGCCACCAUGUGUUGCCAUUCUUUUGAAAGGCCUAUGUGGAAUCGCAGAUGCCUGUGAGACUGAGAUGCGCUUAUGGGUCAAUCUUCAGAGUUUGGAAGUAUUUUCCGUGGACCCUGCUGAUGACAAGAAAAAGUGUGCCCCAACUACCGGCUCCCAGUCGGACGCUGCAGACACUCCGGUCGCUGAGCAAACACUAUUCUCUGUGUUCCUGUCCGCUACAAAAGACACAUCCAGAUCGUCUUACCACAAUCCAUCUUGGGACAGCUGCUUGUCUUUGUCGGCAGAUUUAUUGCAAAGUUGGUCUCUACGAGUUACACCCACCAUUCGUUGUUUGCUUAUCGAACUUGCCACCGAAUUUGCCAGAAGGAAUAAUUGGCAUUCACAUCUGCUACAGACACCGAAAGUGAAUACAACAUUGCUCUCGGCCCAACUGCCUCUACCGAGUGUAGAUGUCCACAUCAAACUCAAAGGUGGAUCGGUGGAGUUUGACAUGCAGUCCGAAGGAGUGGCAACUCCUGGUGACGAAAACCAGUUUUUCCGAAAGAUUCGUGUUCAGCAAGGGCUUUCAGUUCGCCUGGAUCGAGACGCUAUAUUGCGCAUCGGAUUCGAUCGACAAAACCCUCCCUACGCCACAACCAGACGCACAUUUAGUCCUCCGAGCCACGCGAAUUUAUUGGGAAAACUUUCUCCGGAGAUCCCCUCUAGUCACCAGAUUCUUCUGAAUCAGUACAGCAAUGAGAACAAACGGCUGAAGGAUCAGUCUGGAGCAACGCAACUGUGUUUGGUAGAAACCUUGACACAACACAGAAUUCAACCACCAACUACCGCUCCAGAUCCAAAUUCAGUCGACUCGAUCGCCAGCAGCAUUACGGAGUUCAAUCAUGACCUUGGUACUGGUCUAACCUUCGAUUCGUGGUUCAGACGUUACGAAGAUAUUUUCGCAGCCGAACUGAAGCACAAAGAUGAUGCCUGGAGAAUACGCUUAUUGCUCAGAAAGCUUGGCACAAUGGGACACACGCCGCAUAGUCCAAUAGAGAAAGCUUGUGGACUGCAUGUGGUGGGUGCGUUUCGGUUGCGGCUUCCGUUGUCUGUCUUUGUUUCCACUUUUGCGCUCUUGUCCGCUACCAUGAUCAGUCGUGAAACACAAUUCUCACGACGUUUCAUUCAUGGAUCCACUGAAUCACAGAAUGAUACACAGGAUCGAGGCUUUCACCCGAGUUUCCUGGAUCGGUUUUGCUCUUGUCGUCAUACGGCUACUUUCGCUCGAAAGCCACAAGCAAAAAAGAGCGUGGCACAAAAUUUAACGUUCUCAGCGUGGGGCAGCAAGCUUGCAAGCGCGGUGAUUCACAUAAAAUUGUCUAAUAUCGCUUUGAAGUAG